GCGCGACCAGUCGCUCGGGCCCUUCCUCUGCCGCGAGCCUGGUAGCCUCCUGCUCCCCCGCGCUUUAUCGCUUUGACCGGAUCGAAUCUCAGAUUCGCCUCUUGGCCGACAGCCUGUUUGUGAUGCAGGACUACGAGGCGGCCCUGGGCCAUUACAAGCUCGUCCGCGACGACUUCAAAGCCGACAAGGCCUGGAUGCACCUGGGUUCAGU